AUUUUAAAUCGGCAUUAAACGGUAAGGAGUGUUUCUUUGUCGGUUGGUUUUGGGAUAAAUGAUGCACGUCGUCAUCCUCACCGCUUUAAUAGGCGCCGUAUUCGGUGCGCAACCGCAUUGCGAUGUGGUGCUCCCGCAUGGACACCAGCUGACCGUUAUGGUGGACGGCGGCUUUGCCCGGAUGGACAACAUGCCCCAGGACGGAAAAAUAACAACCGCGGAGUUUGACUACAUCAUCACCCUGGAUGAUAAAAAUAACGACACCUGCGUGAGUUUCGCCGAGUAUCACAACGCGGAGACGCAGGCGCUAUUCUUCGAGAUCAACCAGAAGAUGUACUCGCACUUUGACCCGGAUAAUGAUGAUUGUCUGGACAUCGAUGAAAUGAACGCAGAGUUCCACAAAAUUGAUAAAAACGCCGAUGGUCUUUUGGAGAAGCCCGAAUUCGAACACUACUAUACAACAAUUUUGAGGCAACUGUUCUCCUGCCACGGAAACGGAGGUGGAAAAUAACGCAUUGUGUUGUGUAAUAUUCUCAACUCGAUUAUGACUCCAAAAAUUUAGUUUUAUGUAACCUUUAUUGAGACUGACAUUAAGCCUGGUUGAGUCUGACUUUCCUUUCGAAGUACAUUAUUUUGAUUCUGACUUGAAAUAUUUUGGUUUUUAGUGAUGUAUGUUUGUCGAUAUUGCCAUAAUAAAUGCGAUACAAAAUGCC